AAACAACCUUCUUCUUCAAUUCAAACCUAUAUAUUUGGGGUUUAGUUUUCAGAGAUUUCUGGGCGUAAAUCUUUUAUCCGGUUCCAUAAAAGCUUUGUUUUUUAGUUUUGGGGUAUUAUUUCUUUUAGUUUUCAUCCCUAGAUCUGAAAGAGAAACAAAAUCGUUUUUCUGUUGAAGAUUCGUGGGUGUUUUCUCGUUCGAGUUUUCAGGGGAAAUGGAGGUUUCGCUAAUGAGUUCUUCACAGGCAAAAAUUUGUAAGACAGAAUUAGGGUGCAGGGACUUAAGGUCUUGUUUCGGGAAAACUAAUGAUCAAAAUAUAAUAUUUUCCCGGAAACCAAACAGCGUUUCUUUUUACAGUCAAAUUUCGAGGUUGAGAAAAAGCGGGCUCAGAUUUUCAGUGAAGGCUGUUGACUCUGAACCCAUUCUUGAUGCCAGGUCUCCUACUAGCUCCAAAUCUCUUGAUAGGUUAAGACUAUUUGUCGGUCUGCCUCUAGAUACGGUUUCCAAUGGCAGUACGAUAAACCAUGCACGGGCGAUAGCUGCAGGACUGAAAGCUUUGAAGCUUUUGGGUGUGGAAGGUGUUGAAUUGCCUGUCUGGUGGGGAGUUGUUGAGAAUGAGGAGAUGGGAAAGUACCAGUGGUCUGGCUAUCUUGCCGUCGCGGAGAUGGUUCAGAAAGCGGGUCUGAAACUUCACGUAUCACUCUGCUUCCACGCCUCCAGUGGACCUAAAAUUCCACUUCCAAAGUGGGUGAUGAAGAUUGGGGAAUCCCGAUCAAGUAUCUUCUUCACAGAUCGGUCCGGACAGCAUUAUCGAGAAUGUUUAUCACUGGCUGUUGAUGAUCUUCCUGUUCUUGACGGAAAGACUCCAAUUCAAGUUUACCAGGACUUUUGUAAGAGCUUUAAGUCCGCAUUCUCACCUUUCAUUGGUUCUACAAUCACGGGAAUCUCAAUGGGUCUGGGGCCAGAUGGUGAGCUCCGGUAUCCAUCUCACCACAAGCUUGCCCAGAGUGGCACAGUUACUGGAGUUGGGGAGUUCCAAUGUUAUGGCACAAACAUGCUGAAUCUUCUUAAACAACAUGCUGAAGCAAAUGGAAAUCCAUUAUGGGGAUUAGGUGGUCCACAUGAUGCCCCUAGUUAUGAUCAGCCCCCAAACUCGAAUAACUUCUUCAACGAUCAUGGUGGGUCUUGGGAAAGUCCUUAUGGCGACUUCUUCCUUUCCUGGUAUUCGAACGAGCUCGUGUCUCAUGGAAAUCGCCUCCUCUCCCUUGCCUCUUCAAUUUUCGGUGAUUCCGAAGUCGAUGUUUAUGGGAAACUACCACUGAUGCACUCUUGGUACAAAACCCGGGCCCACCCUUCUGAACUGACAGCUGGAUUCUAUAACACUGCCUCAAAAGAUGGUUAUGAAGCAGUUGCAGAGAUGUUUGCAAGGAAUUCAUGCAAACUCAUCUUGCCUGGAAUGGACUUGUCAGACGAGCACCAGCCUCACUAUUCUCUCUCGAGCCCUGAAUCAUUACUGUCACAAAUCCAAACAACAUGCAGCAAGCUCGGGGUUGAGGUUGCCGGGCAGAACCUGGCUUCCGGAUCCCCUGGGGGUUUAGAGCAGAUCAAGAAAAAUAUGUUGGGUGACAAUCCAAUCGACCUAUUCACUUAUCAGCGAAUGGGAGCUCAUUUCUUCUCUCCAGAGCAUUUCCCUUUGUUUACCGAGUUCAUCAGAAGCCUUAACCAACCUGAAUUGCACCCAGAUGAUAUGCCAUCUGAAGAGGUAGAAGCCACCGAAUCUAUACAAACAAGUUCAGAUCCGAACAUCCACGUGCAGACAGCUUAGCAAGAGGUAAGAAGAGAACAUAUAUGUGUAUAUUGUAUUCUUGUAAGUUCAAAAUUAUUGAACGGGGAGAAGAGUUGUACUAUUUGACUGAGUUCUGUAUACGUCAAAGCAAAUAUUUUAUUUAUUUAAAGAAGACCUUGGGACCAUUUUGGUGUUC